GUCAUCUGAGAGAAGCAUACAAUAGUAAAUAUGCGAAUUUACUCUGUGUGCAGACAACUCGCCAAACAAAGCAGGCAAUACCGGUAGGCCGCGCCUAAACCCUUUUGCACGCAAUGAAGUUACUCCUUGAGUUUUCUUAGGUCGUAUGUCGUAGGCUGAUCACGCAUACGUUUGGCUGGGAAGGCCGAGCGGGUUAACAUGGCGGAGUCGCUCGGAGGCAGCCGUGGCCGCAACGACAAUGCUGGCAAGACAAAUGUUUUCGCAGCAGCUAAAACACAGGGUCCAGCUCGUACCGGCGGUGGCGCUGGAGGCGGUCUGCUGGAUCGCCCAGCCCCCAUCCGCCGUACGGGCGGCAUGGCAGCUGCGCUAGGCGGUGGCGGGUUCGCCGCCCCGCGCGCCCGCCCCUCCAGCGCCCCCAGGGAGCGGCCUCGGGGCGGCGGUGGUGGUGGUGGCGGCCCGGGGGGUGGAGGUGGUGGUGGUGGCGGCAACAUGGAUAAGGCCCUGGCGGCUCGGGCUCGAGUGGAGGAGCUGCGGCAGGUCAAGGAGGCUCAGUACUGGGGCCGGGAGGACAAGGACGCCCUGCGCGCCAACCGCCGCGACCUUCCGGCCUUCUGGUCCAUCAGCGCGCACGGACAGCCCUACCACGACGAGCGGCUGGCGGCGGGCGCCACCAACUUCUACCGCCUCAGCACGCCCGCGGGGCUGGCGGGGCCGGGGGACGGCGUGGCGGCGGCGGUGGGGCCGGCCACGCUGCAGCAGGCGGCGCUGCGCAAGAGUCUGGAGACGGGCAUGCGCUACUUCGCCUCCCUCUCCGACCUGGCUCCGCUGCCCCCCGGCGCCCCCGCCACACAGCGCCUGGGCGACGCGGACCGCGAGUUCCUGCUGGGCCGGCUGACUCCCUUCCAGCGCAUCCACGCACUGCACCAGGGGCUGGACAAGGACCCGGGCAGCGCGUGUGUGGAGUGGCUGCCGUGGCCGCUGGCGAUUCUGAACCGGGAGACGCUGGUGGCGGAGCGCGAGGGCCGGCGGGCGCCCCCGCCCAAGUACGACAUAGCGGAUUGGAACGGGGGCCCCGCGCAACGGGACAUGCUCAUGCGGCUAGCCACGGCGGAGCUUGAGUACCUGAUGCGCCGCCACCUGAAGUUCAUGUCGGAGCGGCAGUGCAGCGCCGCACGCGCCCCCGCUGCCCUGGAGAAGGACAUCCUGCGCCAGGCCUUCUGGCGGGUGGACCCGGGGCGCAGCGGGGCGGUGUCCGUACAGCAGUUCCUGCAGGUGUGGCAGAACCUGCUGCGGCUGAUGGAGUACGAGGACGUGUGGGUGAAGGGCAAGGACUUCAAGGGGCGCACCCGGCACCAGCAAGUGCUCAAACCCAAGCGCACACUGCUGCUGGACAGGAACAUGGCGGCAGCGCUGUUUGUAAAGUACGGAUUCGACAAGGACGGCCUCAUGCCGUACAUCGUGUUCAUCAAUGCGCUGUGUGAAACGCCUGCCCGGCUUCUAGGUCACGAGGUGUUGCUGGCCAAGGACGUGCGGGGGAAGAACGGACUGGAGGACGAGCAGGACAUCGCCAUGUGCAUGGGCAACGCCAAGAUUGAAUACCGCUACUGCAAGAGCGGCGUGUUCCCGCCCGGCGAGUUCUCAGCCAAGAUGGGGAAGCGCUCCUUCAAACCGCCCAAGGCGCACAUGUGGUUGGAGCACGUGUACGGCUACGCGGGUAUGCUGGAGUACACGCUACAGUCCAACAUAUUCUACACGCACAACACAGGCCAGCCGCUCAAUCCCCACACCGCCAAGGCAGUCGCCAAGACGCUGCUGGCGGCGCAGGGCGCGCAGGAGGGCACACAGCUGCGGCCGGAGCAGCUCAAGCGUACGGAGUUCGUGUACUACACGGGUAGUGUGGGUGUGGUGUUCGACAAGGAGAAGUACGACGCUGGACUGCCCUGUCAGCGCUUCUUCUUCGGACACAACAACGACAUCCAGUGCCUGGCCAUGCACCCCAACCGCAAGUGGGUCGCCACGGGGCAGCAGAAGGCCACGGGCGAGCGCGAGGUGCCGUACGUGUGCGUGUGGGAUGUGGACCACUGCAUGCAGCUGCAGCGGCUGGACCACGAGCGGGACGAGCGGGGCGUCAUUGCGCUGGGCUUCUCGGGGGACGGCAUGGCGGGGACGGGGGGGGAGCUGCUGUUGACGGUCACCUCCGACGACCGGCACUCCAUCCACGUGUGGCGCUGGCUGCCCGCCUCCAACAAGUACGUCAACGCGCACUACAUACCCGGAUGGAGUCUGGGGCCGGAGAAGAAGAUACACCCGCUGCGGGGGAUGCAGGAGAUGUACUUCAACAACUCGCCGUACAGCAUCAUGGACGGGGAGGCGCUGGACGACCAGUGGCUGGGCCGCUUCCCCUUCGACCUGGACAACUGGCAGGCGGCGUGCGGGGGGAGCAAGCAGGGCCGUACGGGACACGGCAACGAGUACGAGGCCGUACAGACCAUCCUUCGCGCCAGUCGGCAGCCGCUGCAGCUUGAUGCGCCCGCUUGGGAGGCGUCCGGGGAGUGGUGGGAGGAUGCGGCGGGCGGCGGCGAGCUGCCGGCACCGACCCCUGGGUCGGAGCGGGGUCCCUGCCCGCUGUGGAGCCACUUGGAGCACCCGGACCUCAGGGUUCGCGCGGAGGACGCUGACGGGUUCUACAUGGCCAUGCGGCCGGUGAAGCGGGAGGAGGGGUUCUUCCAGCCGGGGGCGGAUGAGGACAAGCGCCGCUUCCCCUACCAUGAACAAGUAGUGACCGGCUGCAACGGCACGCCCCCCAUGGUGUACGGCGUGGUUUGGAACCCGCUCAAGCCGCACGACGGUCGCAAGGGCAGCGAGUUCGCCAGCUACGGAGUGAAGCACCUCAAGGUGUGGAUUGCCAACGACGAGGGGCGCUUCGUGGGCACCAUGGCGUCCUUCGGCACCUCGCACAUCGAGAAUGUGCUGUCGGCACUCUACGUCCCCGCCAUGCACGCCAUGCGCUCCCCGGGCGACUCCUGCCUGCUCACCGGCUUCGCAUCCGGCAAGCUGGGGCUGUGGGUGCCGCCCUACCCCACCCGCGUGGGUGCAACCUACUCGCUGGUACGGCACUUUGACGCGCAUGCGCCGGGCAGGACCAUUGCGUUGAACGACGGCACGCAGGUCCACGGCGGCGUGCGGGCGCUCAAGAUGCGGCGCACCUCGGAGGGCACCCUGGAGGUGCUGUCGGGGGGGGCGGACGGCUGCGUGCGCUGCUGGACGCUGCAGGAGGUGGCGGGCGCGAGGCCGGACGGCACCCCCGUGAAGGGCGUCAAGCUGGGCCGUACGGAUAAAACUUUCCAGCUCCAGCCCCCGGGUGCGGGUCUGGUCCGCCCCGAGGAGCCGCCGCUGGUGGUGGCUCUGGACUGCCACCCGCAGCUGGACCGCGAGUUCCUGGCGGGCACAAACGGCUGCGACAUCUGGGAGGUUGACGCCGACCCACGGGUCAUCGUGGAGGGCCACGAGGACGACUUGGACGAGGUGGCGGCGCACUCGGAGUGCCCGCACACCUUCGCAACGGCGUGCAGGAGCGGCAAGUGUCGCGUGUGGGACGCCCGGCGGCGCGACGUGGUGAUGUCCGCCGACCUGGGCUACCCGCUGUGCGGAGUGGCGUUCAGCCAGGAGCCGCUGGCGGUGCGGGACGAGGCUGGUCGAGUCAUCUACAGCGGCUUCCACCUGGCUGUCAGCGGCGAGCGCGGCCAGCUGACCGUCAUGCGCUGCGACACGCUGCAACCCCUGGUGCACCGGCAUGACGUGGCGUCAAAGCAGGCCAUUCCCGAGCUCAAGUACAGCCCCCACGGCGGCCCCCGCAUGCUGGCCGCAGCCGCCGCCGACCUCACCAUCUACCUCUACCGGGCCGACAGGAACUACCAGCUGACUGCAAAGUGUCUAGGCCACAGCGGCACCGUGACCCACGUGGACUGGUCGCUGCCCGUCAGCCUGCCCGGCACCCCGCUGCAGGGGCGCUUCGUGCUGCAGUCCUGCGACACGGCGGCGGAGCUGCUGUACUGGAACCCGCAGACGGGCAAGAAGCUGCCGUACAACCUGCGUGACGCGGAGUGGCACACAUGGACACUGCCGGUGGGGUUCGACGUUAUGGGCGUGUGGCCGGACGGCUCGGACGGGACCGACGUCAACAGCGUGGACCGAUGCCGGCUGGGGGCGCCCAUAUACGACCCGCUCGAGGCUGCCUACGAGGGCAGCCGCGACGCCGCCAUGCACUACAGCGAGCAGGACAGCGCGGACGGCGUCAGCGGCGCAGGCUUCCUGGUAACCGCGGACGACUUCUCCACCGUCAAGCUGUUCAACUACCCGGUGGUGGCGGACGACGCGCCGUACAAGGCGUUCAGGGGGCAUGCAUCGCAUGUUACGGCAGUUCGAUUCCUGGCGGACGACCAGCUGGUGGUCAGUGUGGGCGGUCACGACCGAGGAAUCUACCAGUGGCGAACAUGUGGGGUCGCCUCGGGCCUGCCGCCGCUUCCCGUCAUAUACAGCCUGCUAGCCGGCUGCGACUCGCAGGCAGGGGGAGACCCGGACAAGGCCAAAAGCCUACGAGGAGCGCUGUGGGGGCGGCUGAAAAGCCGCGCGCGGGCGUUUCGGUCGUACGAGCGGUUGAAGUUGUUAGCCAUGCGUACUGCAGUUGAGGAGAAGCGGAUCAACAGCGCUGCGACUGCCGUACCGCAGCCCAAACUGCCGGAGCAGAUGGUGUGGGCGAAGCUGCCAGGGAAUGCGAAUCAGUACGGGCCGGUGCCGAGGAGUAAGCUAGGGGCGGAGUCGGCGGAGGGGUUAGAGGGCAAGCAGGGGGUUAGGGGCAGUGUGGGUGCUGCGGGCGGUGGUGUGGCGGCAUGGCAGGCGGCGGCGGCGGCGAAGCAACCCACGUGGUCGUCAUCGUCGCCUGCGGGAACGCCUCGAUCACCGUCUGUGGGUCCGGCCGGGGGAGGCGGCGCUGCUGCUGCGGCACAAGCUGCUGCACAACCAUCACCACGGCCGCCGCAGCCGCCUGCAGCAGUAGCAGCAGUGGCAGCAACGCCUUCGGCUUCUCGUUCACCCUCAAUAAUCCCCGGCACAGGCGGCAGUGCAGCACCCACUGCUGCGAGCAAGGUAAAGGCGCCGUCGCCCCCUGCGUCAUCCAAUGGUUUUGACAGUUAUAGCUAUAGUGGCGAGGUGGGGAGCUACGAGCCAUCACUCAGACCCUCGCCGGCCACCCCGCCAGCACCCACCACGUCAGCUGCAACACCGCCGCCGCCACCGCCAGCAUCCAGCAGUCGACCGGCGUCACGGCCGGCGUCUGCGGCGCCGUCAGUGCGAGGUGUCAGCGGUGGCGGCACGCCGCCGCCAUCAACGCCCGGGACGGAGGGCUCAUCUGGGUCGGUGGUGGGUAGGCGGGGAGUGGAGGGCGCUGCAGGGGGGCGCAGCGGCAAGCGCUAUGUGACAGACAGCAUGGAGGACGAGGUGCCGGAUGAGGUACCCGAGGAGGAGGAUUUUUGAAGCGGGGAAGGUGGGAUGGAGGUGGGAGACAUGGGGCAUGUGGGAGACAGAGCGGUUUGCAUGGGGUGGGGGCAUCGUGCAGGAGAGGGAGGAGGUGGUGGUGUAGCGUGAUGUGCUUGAGGCUGAGAGUUUGUACAUAGCGAGGGGAGUCAGAGAGGAGUUUCGGCGAUGGCGUCCAAAUAUGCGGCGUGCCUUGGUAGGCAUCUCGGCUGCUAGAAUCGUGCUGCUGAACAAGCAUAAGUAUUCGGGCGUCUGACCUGCCAGAGGGUUUGCUGCUAACAGAAUGAGUGCUAUACUGAGAGGUGAUUCUGUGAGGGUCAAAGAUACCCCAAACCACAGGAAACCAACAGUUGGGGCAAAGCAAUGUGGAUAAGAGGUGGCAAGUGACAGACUGAAUAACUUGGACUGCAGACCGUACUGCUGACCUUUGCAAACGUAGUGACUGAAGUUUCUUGGCCGUACACAACCGGCGAUCUCUGGACCAUUCCCCGAUAGUUUCAGAGCAGUGUACGAGGCUAGCUUCAGUAACAUUUUGCCAGGCAAUGAAGCCCCCUUAUUUGCAUGCAACUGAGG